AUGUCGUGUUCGGAAGACGAAAUCGAAGAAGAGAUCCCGAGCGUCUCCAGCAAACCUGCCCUGGAACUCGCCGUUGCCGCUCAGAACUGCAUUCGCUUUGUAAUUGUUUCUUUUUAUAAGGAAAAAAACAAAACUUUUUCUAGCCUUCAAAGCAGUUUGGAAUAUUCCUGGACCUUCUCUUCCCUUCCGAAGAUCCCAAAAACCUACUCGGCCGUUUUCUUCACCUGGAAAAGUUUUUUUUUUGCUUUUCUUUAUCGUCAAUUCAUUUCAAGCUUGACACCUUUUUUAGAACACAGUACUCUUUUUCCCUUCAAAAACUUCUGUUUAAAUUAAAAGGAUCAUGGCUACCACUAACGCAGUAUUUUGGAGCGAAAAAAACAAUAAGCUCCUGACUCCUUCAACUGUACCUCGAAAAUUUGAUAAAUUCACAGUGAAGUUUCUAUUUUUACUGUAAUGCCACGUUGUCGGUUUUUUGGCUAGAUGGCCACUUGAAAAAAAUUGGACUUUUGCCAAAAGGCGUAGCCGUCCAAUCACCCUGGGGGAAACCGAUGCAUUUCGGCUGUUGACUCAGACCUCGGUAAAGCGAAUCGGACGGUUUCUUUUGAGCAUUUCAAGUAAUCACUUAACGUGUAUGAGCGCUGAAGCCGCUACAUUUUUACCUAGAAACGUCCGGGGCGCGUCCGGUUUGCAUUACCGCGGUCUGAGGAAUCAGAAAAACUGUUUCGCUGCGCGCCCAAAAUCAGCUUUUAACGCACCCUAGGUUUUCAAGAAUGGAGGUGCAUCUAGAAGCCUUGAACUCUAUGUUUACAGUUAUUGCACUGGUCAUGAGCGUAUAUUAAUGAAGCCGAACUCUGACAUCGACGUCGACCUUUUUCAGGCUUUUCACUACCCAACCAGAAUUUCGCAGCGCUAUGCGGUUAGCUUUUUAUAUAUUGAAAUUUUUAUUUCGCUCACACACAGAUCGAUUCAUAAUAAUUUAAAGUUAAAAAAACAGUUUGGAAAAAAAUUAAAUGUAGUUUCUUCGUUUUUCGUUUAAUAUUAUUCAAAUUCUAAUAGUUUGUCAGUUAUUUUUUUCGAAUUUUCUGAAAAAAAUUAGAGGUAACUUGAUCUUUUUCUUAGCGUAUAGACUUGUUAGGAAAUGAGUUUCGGCUAUUUUUUUUUUUGAAAAUUCGGGUUGAAAUUCGCUUUUUUUACUGUGCAAGCAUCUCUCUUCCGAUGAGAAACUUGAUCAGAAUAACUUUUUUAGAAAAGUCGAUUAAAAGAAAUACUCGAAAAAAAAAAUCGUCUUUCACGGUUUUGCUAAAGCCUUUCUAACAGAUAAAUUAUUCUAUUUAAUCGACUUUCAGUUUAAAAUUCAUAGAAAAGGCUUGAUUACGAUUCAAAUUUUGAGGUAAUUUUUUUUCAGUUAGCCGAGAAAAUGGAGAAGCAAAUUUGCGAAGGGACGAUAAAAAGAAUGUGGUGCCGACUUGUGGCCUACUACUUUGAAUGGCUCACCGGCAUUGGAGAAAUAAGAUCUUUUCUCGAGGAAGACAAGGUUACGUUUCAUAUCACAGUCCUCAGAAUUAUCAUCUAUCAAGUUCAGGUGUUCUUGUGUACCGGACAACUCUGCAGAAUUCUCUGUUUUGUCGUCUCCUACUUCACUUACCUCGGAGGCGUCGACGGCGUUCUUGACUUUGGUGGCGGCAUUUACUUCGAUCCGGCCCUGUGCCCUACUGGACUGUAGGUUUCUUGUACUGUUAAAAUACUUUCUCUGAUCUAUCCGGUAUUAGAAUUUCUCCUAAAAACGCAUUGUAACCGCUUUGAUUGCAAAUUGUAAAUUAUGCGUUUCAAGCAGGCUUUUCCGUCAGCUUGGGAAGCCUAGGCCAGCCCGGAAAUUAUUUUUUUCGAAGAAUGUUGCGAAGACUUGAACCAGCCGAGUUUUGCAUCUAAUACUCCAAUUUUCACCAAAAUGUUCUUUUUUGAAGCCUCUUUUCUCAAAAACCAGAAAUUUUUACUUUUAUUUCCAUCUGAUGAAUGAAUGAGUCUUAAAGCAAAAUUUCAGAAGGCUCACACUUUCCGAAUAAAGUUACAUCUGUAAAUUCCUAUCAGAAUUAUUGGAUCAAAAAUAUGAUCUGAUUUUCAAACAUCUCAAACUUUCUAUUUCAGAAUCAAGACCUUUGCCGGAGCGAUAACUUCAGUAAUGGGCGAAGCGAUUCUUCCAGUGAUGAGAAAGCUCAGAAUUACCCAUGAAGAGUACGUCCUACUCAAAGUCAUCACAUUUUUCAAUACUUGUGAGUUUGCUUAUAUUUUGGGUUCACUUCAACAGAAAAAAAUUAUUUGACUAAUCAGGACUUUUUUGAAUCUUUAAGGCAAAUCUUUAAUUUUUCGUAAUUUUUCAUAAGCUUAAACUAAUAAUGAGUAGACAGUGUGUUGGGUCAAUUUUUAGAACGAAUAAACUUCAAAAACUUGGAAAGCUUUGAAUCUUUCACGAUAAGUUUUUUUAAAAAUUGAACUUAUUAGAUCUUUUCCAAAGCUCUUUUUCGCAAAAAAAAAAAUCACAUGAACCUGAAUUUUAUAAACGUUACAGCCAACCUGUUAUUAUUUGAACGUUUUUAUGGAUUUCAAGAAUAUUUCAGCACAGUUUAUUGGCCUUUCCGAUGGAGGAAUCGAAAUGGCGAACAAAGUCUGCAAUAAGUACCGCUACGCGCUUGCGAACUUGGUCAAGGAGUACGUGGAGCAAAACUAUCCGACCUUACAAGAAUCACAACGACAUGAACUGGUUCUAUCCCGACUGCAAGACCUUCUCCAGCUCCAGCACGGCAUCGUGGUAAUUUUCCCUCUUCAUCUGACCCUUUCUGAACUUUAUUCAAUUCAUUCAAGACAAUGGGCGAGGUCGACGAUCAUUACCUCGAAAAACUGAUCAACAUCAACUAUGGCGGUUUACAUGGCACUUUGACGAAGCAGAUCCACGUUGAACGACACAAAUCCACGAUUCCGAGAAGAUAUUCCUGA